AUGAAGAGCUUUGUUCUCCAGGCGGUCCUCGCCGGCGCGGCCCUCGCUGCUCCGAACCGCGGCCCCUUCGCCGGCGCCGCCGUCCUCGAGCGCGCCGCUGGCGACUGUAAGUGCUUCCCCGGCGACGCCUGCUGGCCCGCCACCGCGCAGUGGAAUGCCCUCAACACCACCGUCGGCGGCAACCUCAUCGCCACCGUGCCCCUGGGCUCGCCUUGCCACGACCCGACCUACGAUGCGGCCGUCUGUGCCUCGCUGCAGAGCCAGUGGCAGGACUCCGAGAUCCACAUGGAGUCCUCCUCCUCCAUCAUGGCCCCCUUCUUCGCCAACCAGAGUUGCGACCCCUUCCAGCCGCAGUCCCGUCCCUGCCUGCUGGGCAACUACGUCGUUUACGCUGUUGACGCCAAGACCCCGGAGCACAUCCAGGCCACCAUCGCCUUCGCGCGCGAGCACAACAUCCGCUUCGUCGUCCGCAACACCGGCCACGACUACCUCGGCCGCUCCACCGGCGCCGGCGCCCUCUCCGUCUGGACGCACCACAUGAACAGCGCCGAGGUCGUCGACUGGAACUCCGCCGCGUACCAGGGCAAGGCCAUGAAGGUCGGCGCCGGCGCCCAGGGCUUCCACGUCAUGGAGGCCGCCCACGCCGCCGGCCUCGCCGUCGUCGGCGGCGAGUGCCCGACCGUCGGCAUCGCCGGGGGCUACACCCAGGGCGGCGGCCACAGCGCCCUCUCGACCAGCUUCGGUCUCAGCGCCGACAACGUCCUCGAGUGGGAGGUCAUCACGGCCAACGGCACGUUCCUGACCGCCUCCAAGACGGAGAACGCCGACCUGUUCUGGGCCCUGUCCGGCGGCGGCCCCGGCAACUGGGGCGUCGUCACCUCCCUGACCGUCAAGGCCCACGCCGAUGCCAAGGUCGGUGGCGCCACCCUCGUCAUCAUGGCCGCCGACAACGACAACGCGGCCUUCUUCGAGGCCAUCGACGCCUUCCACGAGGAGCUCGCUGCCAUGGUCGACGGGGGCUCCAUGGUCGUCUACUACUUCGCCGCCGCCUUCUUCCAGAUCGCGCCCCUCAACGCCUUCAACAAGACGGCCGACGAGGUCCGCACCCUGCUCGCCCCCUUCGUCGCCCGCCUCGACGGCCUCGGCAUCAAGUACACCGUCGCCUACUCCGAGUUCGACAGCUACUACGGCCACUACGACCAGUACUUCGGCCCCCUGCCCAUCGGCAACAUCCAGGUCGGCAUCGCCCAGUACGGCGGCCGCCUCAUCCCGCGCGCCGACAUCACCAGCAUCGGCUCCUUCUCGCGCAGCCUCGCCGCCAAGGGCGCCACCUUCAUCGGCGUCGGCACCGACGUCGGCCGCUUCGGCAACAAGGACUCCAACUCGGUCACGCCCGCCUGGCGCAGCGCCCUCGUCCACGCGACGCUGACCACCGUCUGGGACUUCGAGGCCCCCUGGGAGGACAUGCUCGCCAACCAGGACCUCAUGACCAACGUCCUCAUGAAGGAGAUCGAGGCCCUGACGCCCACGGGCGGCGCCUACAUGAACGAGGCCGACUUCCAGCAGCCCAACUUCCAGAAGGAGUUCUUCGGGAGCAACUACAACGCCCUGCUGUGCCUCAAGCAGAAGUGGGACCCCGAGGGCUUCUUCUACGUCCGCAACGCCGUCGGCAGCGAGUCGUGGGGCGUCGCCAACGACGGGAGGAUGUGCCGCGUUUAG